AUGAUGGGGAGAGGAAUUGCGUUACAGCUUCGUGAGCCACCUGAUUGUGCAUUUGAAAGGAAUGAGGUAAACGUCUUCGUAGACAAAUACGAGCUGAGAGGCAAAGACCUCAAAAAUGUCUUUGUAAGGAUCGAAGAAUCGAGGAUCGCGCUGGCCAUCUUCUCUACCAGGUAUGCGGAGUCGCCGUGGUGUAUGGAUGAGUUGGUGAAAAUGAAGAAACUUGCGGAUCAAGGAAAGCUCCUAGUCAUUCCAAUCUUUUACAAUGUGGAGCCAGAAGACAUAAGAAAACAGACAGGUGAGUUUGGUGACAACUUCUGGACUCUCGCGAAAGUUUCUACUGGAGAUCAGAUCAAGAAAUGGAAAGAAGCUCUCGAAUGCAUCUCUGACAAGAUGGGUUUGUCAUUGAGAGACAAGAGCUCUGAAGCCAAUUUUAUUAAGAAAAUCGUUAAGGAGGUUCAGAAAGUUACAAAAGCAAUUGGACUUGGGGAAGAAGAAAAACAUCUUAGAAAAAAUGAAGAGAAAAUGAAAGGUCGGGAAUUGCAAUUGCCAAUACGAUCUCUAAUUUAA